AGCGUUCCGUCUUCCUGUUCCAAACCACGUGGGCUCGCUGGGCACUGCCGCGGGGUAUCAGCGGCGCCGCGAUCGCAGCAGCGCCCAGGGGGCGGCCGGGCGGCGGCGGCAUGGCGAGCCAGCCGCACUCUCUCAGCUAUGUGGGGUGCAACUUUUUGCGGCAGCGGCUGGUGCUGUCCACGCUGAGCGGGAGGCCGGUGAAAAUCCGCAAGAUCCGGGCGAAGGAGGAGAACCCCGGCCUCAGAGAUUUUGAAGCAAGUUUUAUACGCCUGAUUGACAAAGUGACCAAUGGCUCUAGGAUUGAGAUAAACCAAACAGGUACCACCCUAUAUUAUCAGCCUGGCCUUCUGUACGGGGGGGUGUUGGAACACGACUGCAGCCCCCACCGUAGUAUUGGCUAUUAUUUGGAAAGUCUGCUCUGCUUGGCGCCUUUCAUGAAACAUCCAUUAAGAAUUGUCCUCAGGGGAGUAACAAACGAUCAAGUAGACCCUUCAGUGGAUGUACUUAAGGCAACAGCUCUGCCCUUGCUGAAAAAAUUUGGAAUCGAUGGUGAGGGUUUUGAACUGAAGAUAACUAGAAGAGGAAUGCCCCCCAAAGGAGGUGGGGAGGUGAUAUUUGCCUGUCCAGUUAGGAAAGUCUUGCGACCCAUUCAGUCUACAGACCCUGGCAAAAUCAAACGGAUCAGAGGAACCGCGUAUUCUGUCAGAGUGUCGCCACAGAUAGCAAACAGAAUCGUGGAUUCAGCAAGAAGCAUCCUAAAUAAGUUUAUACCAGAUAUUUAUAUCUACACAGAUCACAUGAAGGGGACCAGUUCUGGAAAGUCUCCAGGUUUUGGCCUGUCCCUUGUCGCAGAAACCACCAAUGGCACUUUUCUGGGUGCUGAACUGGCAUCUAAUCCCCAGGGCCAGGGAACUGCGGUACUCCCGGAAGAACUUGGCCUGAACUGUGCAAAGCUGCUGCUUGAGGAGAUUUACAGAGGAGGCUGUGUGGAUUCAACAAACCAGAGCCUAGUUCUGCUCCUCAUGACCCUUGGACAGCAGGAUGUUUCCAAAGUUCUACUGGGACCUCUGUCUCCGUACACAUGGCCCAGUGCUUGGAUGAGAUCAGCCCAUGGAUGAACACCUGGCUGAAGCAGAACCUGAGCAAGGCAGAGGUGAUGCUGGUGGGCAGAGGAAAGAAUUUGCAGCUACAAUGCAGUCUCCAUUGGUUGGAAGAACACACCCACAAUUGGUCAAUUCAGUCCAAAUCUAGGUUCCUCACUGGUGCCUGGAUGCUAAGGUCUCACAUAGCAACUGCAAGUAACUUCUACCAUCUCUGCUUAGCUAUGUUGGCAGAUGAUGAUCUGGCUUCCCCUAUUCACAACUUGGUCCCCUCUUAGCUGGAUUAUACCAGUGUGAUAAAUCUAGGCAUGAAGCCUCCAGGACUUAGGAAACUAGUACACUGCGCUGCAGCAUGUCUCCUCAGCAACACAAGCUACUGUGAGCACAUCAAACCUGUCCUCUAACUGGCUUCCAAUAGGUUAUCAAAUCAAGUUCAAAAUCUUGCUCUCUGUGGUUGGGGCUCCUCAUGAUACCUAAAAGAGUACCUACAACUCCAGGUUGUGGGAGGCAGGAGGGAGGAGUUUUCAGAGUUUGAACUGGAGCAAUUAAUAUUUUUCAAAAAUUAUUAUUUUAAAAAUUCAACUUUGUUUUCCCCUCAAAUUUCCUCUCUCCUCCCCCUCCCCCCCCCCGCUUUAUGCCACUGAGUAUUGAUUGCAAAACAAUGAACAGUGCCCCAAGUUCUUUUGUUUUGUUUUUCUUUUACUUUUUCUUUUCCCCACUCUGGAACAGAAAAUAUUUUUUUUCAUGAGAGCCUUGGAAUAAAUAUUUAAAAAGUGAGUGCAGCAAGCCCCCUAUAUCUCUUUAUCUCCAUACCCAGCUACUCCUGUGAAUUACACACCCAAAUUAUGGGUGGCUUGUAUUUUUUGGAAACUUGGAUUUUAAUCUCUUCUAACCUGCAAUUACUACACUGUAAAUAAGGGGUACUAAUUUACCAGUAUGUUUGUUUUUAUUUACCUUAGUAAAAGAAGAACAAUGUGCAGUUUAUACAAAAAUUUUAAUAAUGCAAACCAAUGACAUGGCUGAAGUUUUGCGGGAAAAUAAAUGUCCUUCUUUGAAGUGGAUUCUUUGAUAAGAUACCAUCCAUUUAUACUGCAGGUACUGCAUUUGGGAUGACUGCAUAAACACAGGAGACCAAUGAUAGAAGUUUAAAUGUACAAGAUGUGACUAAUAGUGGGAGUAAAAGUACAGAUCCAACCCUAGUUAAGUUACUAAUUUGAAGUGAUACUCAGGCUUCUGGAAUCUACCUCAAAAAAGAUUUUCGAUGGUUACAACAACAAAAUUUUAGAAGAUGUUGAAAAUUACUCUCAGCAAACAUGAUGUGCCACAAGUUGACCAGGCAGCAGAUUCCA